AUGUCUCCGGAUCUCCAAAAGAAUUUCUUUGAGAAGGAGAUGACUUUUGAGAUCAAAUCUGAAUUUCAAAAUAUGUUUCAAGAGCAGGCCCGAACUGAGAGGUUCGAGACCCAUAGGCAAAUCGUUGAGAGCAAGCUCAAGAAAGGAGAGCUUAUCAGACCUCAUGUGCUCAAAAUGAUUGGAUUAUUCGAGAACAUGGAGAGUCUUGAUGCGGAAUACUCAAACGAGAUGGCAAUUGACAUCGUUCUCCACUCGUUGCAUAAAGGUUAUGAUAAGUUCAAGAUGAAUUGUAAUAUGCACAGCAUGGAGUAA